AAUUAAAGUCCCGCCCCGGUGAGGAGGACGCCUUGGAAGCGAGGGAGGUGGUUCUCCCUUCUAAACUCCACCCCAGCGCUGCUCGUCAUUUCUACUCCAGUCGCUCCUUCUCACUCCAUGGACUAGUAUCAGUGUAGGUUUGGGAUAAGCCUUUAACCAAAGCAUUAGCUCCUUUUGCGUGAGUCCUGUGCUAGUAUGACCCUGGGUGCCCACUGAAACAUGUAGAUAUGCGGUGUCUAGUCCGUCGGAGUACAACCAAGACGCUCGAGUUGUUCCUGACCGGACUUUUAUUUUGGAAAUAGGUGGAAUCCCCUAGGGUCGGAUUGGACCAUGAUUUGCAGAUCAUUGGAUUAUUACAUGUUGGUGAUGUGCUUCGUUGUGACGCUUCCACAACGAUGUAGAACAGAGCUUCCACCUCCGCCAUUCAACCUCUCCUACGAGUGGAUUGAUCCCUUUUUCAUCCGUCUCACCUGGCAGGCACACCCUCUCAACCCCAACUGCUCGCUGAAAUAUAUUCUUCAUGCCCCGCAUAAAACCCUGGGAUUUAAUUAUAGUGUCAAAGAAUGCAAAUUAUUGGUGACGGAUUUGAAUUCCAAUGUGACACUCACCCUAAAGACCACCGCAUCAACCUGGCCGUCCCGGUGCCCGUAUGAAGGCAGCAACCCUGUCUCCAUAGUCGUCCCCCGCCAAGUUCAACUUGUGACCGACUUCAAAUUCUUCCUCUACCCACCCUGUGACGGGGGAUCUUCCCAGACGCCUCUCUGUGGACAGCAGGCCACUUGGACCCCAGGCAAUGGGACCUCCGGGCUGUCGGUAUCCUACAGGCUGUGUGACCAAGCGUCCGACAAGCUGUCGCUGUGCCAGGACAACAGCAGUGGGCUGCAGCAAGGCUGUCACCUGACGGGGCUCCAGAGAAAGGAAAAGGUCUGCAUACUUUUCCGAGGAACGGUUGAAGGCCGAGCCCUGAACCAAACGUUCAAACGGUUUCCCCAUAAGCACAUUCGAACUUUUCCGCCCAACGUGAGCGUCAGCGAGCAGGAGGGCCGUCUGAAAAUCAGCUGCAGCAUGCCAAGGCCUGCCCAAACUCAUGGAAGUACAGCGUCAACUACAGCGAGUGCGACCGCCCCGCAGUAAGUCAGAUGUACAUUCUAUAUAUUUUUUGUCACU